AUGGCCGCCACCACUUCCGUCCCCACCUCCAACCAGGUUCUGGUUCCGGAGACCCUUCUCAAGAAGCGCAAGUCUCAGGAGAAGGCUCGCGCUGAGCGCAACUCGGCCACCGAGAAGCGCAAGGCUGCCAACAAGGAGAAGCGUGGUGUCAUCUUCAAGCGUGCUGAGAAGUACGUCAAGGAGUACCGCGACGCAGAGCGCGAGAAGGUCCGCCUCUCCCGCGUUGCCCGCGAGAACGACUCCGCCUACGUUCCCGCUGAGGCCAACCUGAUCUUCCUUAUCCGCAUCAAGGGUAUCAACAAGAUCGCCCCCAAGCCCCGCAAGAUCCUCCAGCUUCUUCGUCUCCUCCAGAUCAACAACGGAGUCUUCAUCAAGAUCACCAAGGCCACCACCGAGAUGAUCAAGAUCAUCGAGCCGUGGGUUGCCUACGGUUACCCCAACCUCAAGUCCGUCAAGGAGCUCGUCUACAAGCGCGGUUACGGAAAGGUCAACAAGCAGCGCGUCGCUCUCACCGACAACUCCAUCAUUGAGGAGAACCUCGGCAAGUACGGCAUUGUCUGCAUGGAGGAUCUCAUCCACGAGAUCUACACCGUCGGCCCCAACUUCAAGCAGGCCUCCAACUUCCUCUGGCCCUUCAAGCUCUCCAACCCCACUGGUGGCUUCCGCCCCCGCAAGUUCAAGCACUUCAUCGAGGGUGGUGACCUUGGCAACCGCGAGGAGAAGAUCAACGCCCUCAUCCGCCAGAUGAACUAA